UAGAAGAAGAGGCAGCCGAAGAAGAAGACGACAACGCCACAUCCUGUUAGACCGCGUAGCGGGAAGUUUGCUACCCACACCUUCACAGUCAAGACUGCUUGGAUUUAUGUACGGUGUCCUUUAAAGCUCAGAUGGCAGGAAAAGGCAGAGCUCCAGCCAAGAGAAAGUUGGCAGAGGAGUUUCCGCCAGGGGAAGUACUCACAGAUACUAGAAAGAAGCUGUGGAAGCUUGGUGCUCCAGUUGGCCAGGGAGGCUUUGGCGUCUUAUACUUGGCUGAUGAGGAUUCUCCAAAACCUGUUGGUCGUGAUGCUCGCUUUGUCAUCAAAGUGGAGCCAUACGACAGUGGACCACUUUUCUGUGAGCUCCGGUUCUACAUAAGAGCAGCUAAACCUGACCCAAUUAAGAGCUGGAUGAAGUGCCAUAGAUUGAAGUAUUUAGGAGUUCCCAGAUACUGGGGCUCAGGUCAUCACGACAGAGGAGGAAAAAGGUACAGGUUUAUGGUGAUUGACAGGCUUGGGACCGAUCUUCAGCGGAAGUUCGAGGAAAGUGGAAAGAGGUUCCCCAGAAAACUGACUCUGCAAAUUGGUCUGCGACUGCUGGAUAUCCUUGAGUACAUCCACAAUAAUGAGUAUGUGCAUGCAGACAUAAAAGCAUCCAACCUAAUGUUGGGCUACAGCGAUCCCAACCAGGUUUACCUAGCAGAUUAUGGGCUGGCAUAUAGGUACGCACCUGAAGGUUCUCAUAAAGACUACAAAGAGGAUCCUAAGAAGUGUCAUGAUGGCACUAUCGAGUUCACAAGCAUUGAUGCCCACAAAGGAGUAGCUGCUUCAAGGCGGGGUGAUCUGGAGAUUCUUUGCUACUGCAUGGUUCAGUGGCUGUGUGGUUCCCUUCCCUGGGAAGACAAGCUUCAAGACCCACUUUAUGUCAGAGACUAUAAAAUCCGGAGCCAAAAGAGCAUCUCUGAGUUUAUGGCCAAAUGUUUCCCAUCUCAAGACAGACCAGAUGAGAUACAGAGGUUCAUGGAGGAAGUGACAUCUCUAGGCUACCAGGAAACACCUAGAUACGAUAAGCUACGCUCCAUUCUCCAGGCUGGACUGACAACCAUCCAAGCUUGUGAUGAUGGCAUGCUUGACUUCGCCGCUGGAGCGCCAUUGCCAGCAAAAAAGGUGAUGAAGAGAAAGAAAGUCGCAGGGAAGAGUGAUGAACCUGAUGACGGUCCAACCAAAAAGAAAAAAGUCUCUCAGAACAAAGAAGUGAGUGGUGUCAAGACUCCUAAAAGGUCACAAAGAUCCAGAAAGGUUAAGGAGUUAGAGGAUGACUCCGAAACCAGACUCCGAGAGAACAUGGAGAGCCCUCCCGAAGUCGUUAAAAAGCGUAGAGGCAGACCUAAGAAAAUGUCCUCUUAACUCUGCCACGUUUCCUUGAACCCACCAUGCACACACUCGGUCUCCAGCUCAUUCUUGUCUUGCUUUAUACAAACAUGCUACACUUGAUUUUGUUUGGUGUGGUUGCAUUUUAAGAGCUACAGAUGACAUUAAAAUAGUUUUCAUGAAUAUUAUAGUUCUUAAGCACAGGGCUUCUGGAAUUGGAAUAAAGAAAUCCUGCUUUGAUGGCAGUUGCUUUUUUCUUC